UCACAUGGUGUGUGUACGUCAAUGGUGAUACAUUGGUGAUAUACAAACUACCCGGGUACCAAGAUAUUGAAAUCACCACGUAGCCUUUAGACCAACGAAGCAGAAACAUCAUUAUAAAAGUGAAAAACCUGUCGCUGACAUACGCCGUUUUUGUUUUGAAGAAAGCGGGACCAGUUGCAUGAAACGAAAACAUACCCAGAACAAAUAUGGUUUUGGGUCCUUUUGCUCUUAUUGUGCUGCUCCUGGUUAUGGGGCCCAGCUUUGGCUACGAGUGUGAUAAGUCCGCGACCGUGUGUAGGACCUCCUUGGUAAUAGAAGACAGAAUAACAAUGAUGCACAAGGUCCACCGGAAGGUGUACCCGCACAUGGGCAAGCUAUAUCGUUUCGACGUCGACUACCCUGACAACGCCACUGAAAUCCCACUAGAGGGCGUGAUAACUGGCGACGGGUAUGAAGUAGGGCGACUCGUCGUGGUUGCAAACAACAGUAUGCCGGGCCCACCGAUCAUCGUAUACGUUGGCCAACGACUCAUAAUUGAUGUCACCAAUAAGCUUCCUUCUGACACAGUUACUUUACACUGGCAUGGUCUCCCACAGCAUAAAACUCCUUGGAUGGACGGCGUCCCUUUCAUUACACAGUGUCCAAUUCUCUCAGGUCAGACGUUCACUUAUGACUUCAUUGCCGAACCAAAGGGUACCUUUUGGUACCACGCGCAUACGGGAUCUAUGCGAUCAAAUGGAUUGAAUGGAGCAUUCGUGAUAAAAGAACCUUCUUCAACCAUAUCUGAACACAUCAUGGUCGUUCAAGGAUUCAACCAUAAUCGAAGCUCAGAUUUGGACUUCAAGAAAAUGCAGAUGGGUCAUUUUGAGAAACGUCAACAGAUGCCAACAACCGAAUCGGUGGAUGGUGGAUUUUUUAGUCGUUUUUUCCUAACCUCAGCACUGAUCAAUGGGAAGGGGCGUUACUAUCCUAACUUGACGAAAGACGAUCAUAACUUUGCACCGUUGACCAUGUAUAAUGUGCAGUUUGGAAAUACAUACAGAUUCCGUGUGGUCAAUGCAGGAGCACUGUAUCCAAUGCGGAUCGCUAUAGACAAUCACAGUCUUACUUUAACAGCUUCUGAUGGCUUCGACUUCAAACCAGUAGUUGCCGAAUCUUUCAUCAUCAAUCCCGGAGAAAGAUACGACUUCUUCAUUGUAGCCGAGCAACCGAUAGCAAACUACUGGGUUCGGGCUGAGACCAUUGAAUACCCGAACCCACACAAGGCAAAGGCGAUAUUACGUUAUAGUGGAGCAGGCGACGAGGAACCGACUUCUUCUAGGAAAAUCUGUACGCCAACAGACCGGUGUCUAGUCGUGAAUUGUCCGUUCACAAACUUUCCAGCAGGCACCUUCACUGAUUGCAUGCUUUUUGCACAGUUACGAUCAUUGUUCGACAACGAUCCAGCACCGGUACCUACUGGGAACGAAGCGCUAGUUGAACACUUCCUUAACUUUGCAUUUCCUGGAAUAGAUAACUUCCCUUCGUCAGUCAAUGGAAGACAAUUCAAAUUUCCCAAGGUAUCUGCCCUGACCCAGCCAUUUGAGAUCGAUACUUCGUGUGAUGACCAAGACUGCGGCUCGGAAAAACUGUGUCAGUGCUCCCAUUCACUCACCCUGCAUCAUAAUGACGUUGUACAAUUCGUCAUCCUUAACAUGGGAGUCGGAACCGGAUGGUCACAUCCGAUCCAUCUACAUGGUUACUCGUUCUAUGUUCUGAAAAUGGGUUACGCAACAUACAACGAGACGUCAGCAAAAUUCAUAGCACCGAAUCCUGAUAUCGAUUGUCGUGGGCAUUUCUGUAACGAUGCCACAUGGAGCGAUCCGAGCUGGCUAGGCGACAACGUACCUGGAUUGGAACUCUCUUAUCCAACACGAAAGGAUACACUUAUAAUACCUAGCGGCGGAUAUGCAGUCAUAAGAGUCAAGGCCGACAACCCCGGUGUAUGGCUGAUGCAUUGCCACAUCGAACUGCAUGCCAACGACGGAAUGAUGAUGUACAUAAACAACUCUUAUGAAAUGCAUCCCCCUCCUCCUGACGGAUUUCCCAUCUGUCACAACUUUCCGUCAGAGUAUCGUGCUCGCAAACAUGCCACCAAUGAUAGGGACAUGACAACUUCGUCGCCGGUUACUAAAAUCGUCACACAGAUUGAAGAGGUUGAAGUGGUCGCAGACGAUGGGGAUGGGAUGAAGGCGUUUUGGAUUGGUAUAGCUGUUAUGUCUGUGGUGUGUCUUCUGUUGUUUGCUUACAUUCUUCACCUUUGCAAGAUGGUAAAAGUCCUUGAGGAAUGGAAGAAAUCAGCCGUUGAAACGAAAGGCGUAGACAAUCCAUCGUUCUCUAAAUUGUGACAGAAUGAGAGGAACCUCUUUAAACUCUACAGUUCAGUUCCAUAUAUUUUGUGUGAAGUGGAAUCGGUUCACAGUGUAAUUUUGUUUUACUUAAUGCUUUGGUUCAUUGUUUAUAGAAUCUAUUUUAACCAUACUCUUCAGUUCUGUGUUCAAUAGAAACUCGUUUCAGUAUACUCUUAAGUUUUGUGUGCAGAAGAUCAUCAAUGUUUUGGACUCUUUGAAUUUUAUAUGCAGGUUAUCGCGGUGUUAUUAAUCUUUUCGGUAUUUCAGACAAUAUAAUCUUGUUCUGGUAUCGCUUUAGUUUUAAUGUUACAUUGAAACUUCGUUUUAGAGGGCACUUUGUUAUUUCGUUGUAGGGAGAAAUCUCUUUAAAAAGAUGCUUUAGAACACAUGCACAACCAAACCUCGUUAGAGCAUAUUUUUAUUCUCUCGUUUUUGUACUAUGUGUCUGCUAAAUAUGUUGUUUUCUCUUUGGCAAGCUAUGAUAAUAACAAUGAUAACCUACUAUUAGAACUAACAUGCGGGAUUUUAUACAAAACUGUGUACAUUAAGGGUUUAUGGUCCGUUCUCGUAGAAACAAAUGUAAGUGUAUGCUUGACAUGUCAACACUAUCAUAAAUUAUACUUUCGCUUUAUUCAUAUAAUAUAUUUUUAUUUUAUUUUUUUCCCUGUGAAAAUAGCGAGAUGUUCGUGCUAGCCUUCGUAGUCAUGUUGUUUACUACCAUUCAACAGCGUGACUCAGCUUUCAAAGUGUUGUUAUCUAGUCUAUAGGGACCACAGAACCAGAUGAUUUUCCAUAGACGAUAGUGUUAACGUUUACCACUGUCCUGGUUAAAUGGGGUUAUCAACACUGGUUCAUCUGCCCUCAUUUUGAAGAAUGUCAUCUCACACAAUAGUAAAAAAAAAUCUACCAUUUUUAACACCUUUUUUAUGUGGGAGCCGCCAUUUUGAGUGAAUUCGGCACCAAAAAUCGACCAAAACUUACAACAAAUUACACACUUAAUAAACUCCCUCAGAC